UAUAAAGUGGUUUUUAAUAUCAGUUACUUUUCAUCUGCCAAGCUUGGGAGCAGUCUGCUGGAUGUUUGAAGUCUUGAUGGGUUAUCAUCUGAUAAUUCUCUUUCUACAAAUAAAUAAUUAACAUUGAAUCUGGGCAUAAGUCAUUCUCUUGUUAACAGCCUGCAGCUCCUCUGGUGAAUUUCUCUCAGCACCUUUGUCUGAUGGCAACCAUAUUAGAAUCUUUUGCUGGAUCGUGCGCUAAGAAGUUGCAAGAUGUCAUUUCAGAGGAGGCCAUACUAAUUUUAGGGGUAAAAGAAGAGCUCACAGAAAUGCAGAGAAGAAUGCAGCAAAUACGACACUUUCUUAAUGAUGCAGAGCAAAGGAGUACAAAAGAAUCAGCUGUUAACGAUUGGCUUAGUCUGCUAAGAGAUGCCAUGUAUGAUGCUGAUGAUAUUAUUGACUUGGCUAGAUCUAAAGGAAGCAAACUAUUGCCUGAUAACUCUUUGUCAUUAUCAAGCAAAUCAAAUACAUGCACUGGUCUUUCCCUUUCCUCUUGCUUUUCUAAUAUCCAGACACGUCAUGAGGUUGCUGUUAAGAUUCGAAGCCUGAACAAAAGAAUAGACAAUAUUUCCAAGGAUAAAGUAUUGACAUCACUAACAAGUACACAAUCUACUAAAAAAGUUUCAGCACCAAAACACAAAAGAAGUUCCAACCUUGUUGAACCCAACCUUGUGGGUAAGGAGGUCACACAUGCUUGCAGAAAGCUAGUAGAUUUGCUACUUGAGCAUAAAGAUAAGAGGUCUUACAAGAUUGCUAUUGUUGGAACAGGAGGAGUUGGUAAGACAACACUAGCACAGAAAAUAUACAAUGAUCAGAAAAUAAAAGGGUUCUUCGACAAACAAGCAUGGGUCUGUGUCUCCAAAGAUUACUCCGAAGUUAUUAUUCUGAAGGAGAUUCUUCGAAAAAUUAAAGUUCAGUACAUGCAAGAUGAAUCAAUUGAUGAGCUCCAAAGCAAGCUAAAAUUAGCCAUCACAAAGAAGAGCUUCUUUUUUGUGUUGGAUGAUGCGUGGCAGUCUGACAUAUGGGAAAAUCUACUCAGGACCCCAUUGCAUGCUGCAGCGACAGGGAUAGUUCUGUUGACGUCUCGACUCGACACUGUUGCUGUAGAAAUUGGAGUGGACCACACACACCGAGUUGACUUAAUGUCAGUGGACGUAGGAUGGGAGCUGCUUUGGAAGAGCAUGGGAAUAAACCAAGAAAAAGAAGUGCAAAGUCUGCGAGACUUAGGGAAAGAUAUUGUUCGCAGAUGUGGCUAUCUUCCUCUUGCCAUUAAGGUUGUUGCUAGGGUUUUAGCAAGCAAAGAACAAACCGAGAUUGAAUGGAACAAGUUCUCCAGAAAAGAUGCUUGGUCCACGAGCAAACUUGAAAUACCAAGUGCUUUAUAUAUAAGCUAUGAAGAGCUGCCAUACUAUUUAAAGCAGUGUUUUGUCUAUUGUGCCAUAUUUCCAGAAGAUGCAGUUAUUUUCCGUGAUGACAUCACUAGGAUGUGGGUGGCUGAAGGCUUCAUAGAUGAGCAAGACGGCCAACUAUUGGAAGAUACAGCUGAAGAAUACUAUUAUGAGUUGAUAUAUAGGAAUCUCUUCCAACCAAAUUAUUUAACGGUUGAUCUUAGUGAAUGCAGAGUGCACGACCUAUUGAGGCAGCUUGCUUGUCAUUUAUCUAGAGAAGAAUGUUUUGUGGGUGACCCAGAAUCAAUAAGAGUUAAUGUCAUGAGUAAAUUUAGACGUAUUUCAGUAACCACUAAGAAGGAUAUGGUGGUGCUACCUAGCAUGGAUAAGGAUCAAUAUAAAGUUAGAACUUGGAGAACUUCUUAUGAAAAGUCAAUAAGAGUUGAUAAUACAAUAUUUAGAAGCCUUCCAUAUAUUCAAAUUUUGGAUCUAACUGAUUCAGUUAUACAAAGUAUUCCAAAUUUUGUUGGAAGAUUGAUCCACUUACGGUUACUUAAUCUUAAUGGGACUGGCAUAUCUUAUCUUCCUGAGUCCAUUUGUUGUCUCAUAAAUCUUCAGAUAUUAAACUUGCAGCGGUGUGAUGCUUUGCAUAGUCUUCCUUUAGGAAUAACUCAGUUAUGUAACUUGAGACGCCUUGGUCUUCUUAAAACACCAAUAAAUCAGGUUCCAAAAGGGAUUAAGAAAUUGAAGUUCCUCAAUGAUCUAGAUGGAUUUCCAGUUGGUGGGGGUAGUGAUAAUGGUGCUAGAACACAAGAUGGAUGGAACCUAGUCGAGCUGGGUUGUCUUUUUCAGUUGAGGAAGCUAUAUAUGAUUAAGUUGGAGAGAGCAUCUUCUUGUAGCACAGCUUCAUUGUUCCUAGACAAAAAGUUUCUCAUAAAACUCAGUUUGUGUUGUACUGAACGUACACAUGAACGAUAUAGUGAAGAUGAUGUAAUCAAUAUCGAGAGGACAUUUGAGAAGCUAAUCCCUCCACAGAGCAUCGAAGGUAUACUUAUUCUAAAUUUCUUUGGUCGGAGGUUUCCCACCUGGUUUGAUACUACUACACAUUUUCCAUCAUUGAAGUACUUGAAACUCGUGCGGUGUAAAUCAUGUGUGCAUCUUCCUCCAAUUUGGCAACUUCCCAACUUAAAAUAUCUGAAAAUCCUGGGAGCCACCGCAGUCACCAAGAUUGGACCCGAAUUUGUUGGUUAUGGGGUGGGUAAUCCCAUAUCUGCAGAGGCAGUAGCUUUCCCCAAGCUUGAAACGUUGGUCAUCGAGGAUAUGCCCAACUGGGAGGAGUGGACCUUUGUUGAAGAAGAAGUGACAACAGCAAGUAAGGAAGCGGGAGAGGAUGGAGUUUCUGCCAAGCAAAAGGGCGGGGAAGCCCUAUCUCCAAGGAUGCAGCUGCUGCCACGUUUGAAGAGGUUGGAACUUGACAGGUGCCCCAGGCUGAGAGCUCUCCCACAGCAGCUUGGACUGGAGGCCACCAGCUUGAAUGUGCUCGACUUAAGAAAUAUGGAUAGCAUUAAGGUGGUGGAGAACCUCCCGUUCCUCUCUGAGAUGCUUGUAAUUGUUGGAUGUGAAGGCCUAGAGAGGGUCUCGAAUAUUCCACAAGUGAGACAGUUGCGGGUAAGUGGCUGCCCAAAUUUAAGGCGUGUUGAGGAGCUGGGCGGUUUGGAGCAGCUGUGGCUGGACGAGGGUAUGGAGUCGCUCUCCUCACAUUGGGUGCCUGGGCUCAAAGAGGAGCGCCAAAAACUCCAUGGGGAAACAUUGGACGUUUACACAUGGCCUCGAACCUGAGACACGCCCGGUUUGAUGGGCAGCAGAGCCACAAGUACUUUGUCUUCUGGAGGGACGAAAGAGGAAGGAAGGAGGAGGGCUGGCGAUGAUGACGGGCAGGCAGCACCGCAGCAGUCGAGACGAGCUGACGCCGGAACACAAGGAGAGAAGGGAAAAUCUGAUAUGGGCUUUUGUUCUACGGUUUGUAUGUUUAUCUAUCCUAGUGUGUUGUGUGUUCAUAUCUGGUUACUACUGCAUAUAUGUAUCCGCUGUUUAUUUCCGUACCCUCCUGUAUCAAUAUCAUGCAAUGUGAUGUAACAAGAGCCGGACAGGCCAUGCCGUUCUGUUAUGUUACAACAUGAGUUUCUGUACGACUACUACUCUGCUUCGGCAGGCAUCACUAAUGGUGAAAUGGCCUUGCACA